UAAUUGUCUUGAUAUUAUUUGUAUUGUGAUUAUUGAAUUUUUCAUAUUUAUCUAAUCUCUAAUGUUAAAUUAGAUUGCAAUAAUAUCGCACAAAUCGAAUAUUCUAACAUUAUCAUAAAAUAACGAGCUGUCAAUUCAACAAAGCGUAACAGUGAAUGUCGAAAAUAAUUUAUUGUUAUGUAUUUCAAGUAAUUGCUUUGGUAUUCCUACAUUUACGAAUGUGAUACGGUGCUCCUUCUCGCUAUGGAGGAUUAUAAGUUUUUGUUCAAAGUAGUGUUAGUAGGUAAUGCGGGUGUUGGCAAGACAUGUUUAGUGCGAAGAUUUACUCAAGGUCUAUUCCCCCCGGGACAGGGAGCCACAAUAGGCGUCGACUUCAUGAUAAAGACCGUAGAAGUGGACGGCGAGAAAGUGAAGUUGCAAAUAUGGGACACAGCUGGUCAAGAGAGGUUCAGAUCAAUAACACAGAGCUACUACAGAUCAGCACAUGCUCUCAUAUUGGUGUAUGACAUAUCUUGCCAGCCCACAUUUGAUUGCUUGCCUGAUUGGCUGCGAGAGAUUGAAGAGUAUGCUAAUAAUAAAGUGCUUAGGAUAUUAGUGGGUAAUAAAACAGACAGAGAAGACAGGGAGAUACCGAGGCAUAUCGGCGAGGACUUCGCUCAGCGGCACGGCAUGUACUUCCUGGAAACUUCAGCAAAGGAGGCUGAGAAUGUGGAGCGACUGUUUAUGGAGAUAGCUGUCGAACUGAUGGAGCAAGCAAAAUGCAAGGAGCUACCAAAAUACGACGGCAGUUUAGGACCCAUCAACGGGAAGACCACCUCAGUCGGUGACACCUCGUGCUGUCUGCGCUCGUAA